AUGUUGUUCCUGACCUUCUUGAUCUCCUCCGCAGCAAUUGCUGCAGCCCUGCCUACUUCUGGAGUCCCCGACGGAAACCAGACACAGCCCUUUUCCCAGACCGGGCUCGCACCGUGGAACGCCGGUGCCGUGACUGAAUAUCCUAUUCAUUCCAGCUGCAAUGCAACACAGCAUCGCCAGAUUGAAUUGGGUCUCACCGAGGCCAUUUCUUUGGCUCAACAUGCCAAGGACCAUAUUCUGAGAUGGAGCAACGAGAGUUCAAUUUACCGAAAGUACUUUGGUGAUAGUCCCUCCAUGGAAGCCGUUGGCGCGUUUGAUAUCGUGGUCAACGGUGAUAAGAAGGACAUUUUGUUCCGAUGCGAUAAUCCUGACGGAAACUGCGGGCUUGAAGGCUGGGCCGGACACUGGCGAGGUGAGAAUGCCACCGAUGAAACUGUGAUUUGCGAUCUGAGCUACGAAACGCGUCGUUCCCUCUCCACAAUGUGCAGCCUUGGAUAUACUGUCUCUGGGUCUGAAACGAAUACUUUCUGGGCGACUGAUCUCUUGCAUCGGCUGUACCACGUCCCUGCCGUGGGACAGAAUUGGAUCGACCACUUCGCCGAUGGCUAUGAAGAGGUUGUUGACCAGGCGAAGGAGAAUGCCACUUUGUCCACUCAUGACUCAGAGACUCUUCAGUACUUCGCUUUGGAGGUUUAUGCAUAUGAUAUUGCCGUGCCGGGGAUUGGUUGUCCCGGUGUUCAGCAUGAACAUGAAGAACACGUUGAUGAGACAACGACUGAGGCUGCGUCUCCUUCUGCGACUACCGCUGAUAAACCUUCUGCGACUUCUGAUGUGCCUGAAAACUGCCAUACACACGACGGGGGCGUUCUUCAUUGCACAUAG